AUUGUCAAUGUCACAAAUAUUUUUCAAACGCAGUAUUCAACAUACAACAGCAAUGUAACCAAAAAUAGACGCAAAAUGAGUGCAAUAUUAAAAUUCAUCCGUGAGAAUCAUAUCCUGGCGGUAAUAGAACAGGCUAUUGCAGAAAAGAAGUCUCGGGUCAUUUUAAAUUCAUUCGAAAUAACAGAUAUUCCACCCCUUUUAUAUACUUGCACUCACGUCGAAUAUCUUUAUCUACACACCAACGAAUUGACUGAGAUACCGGUACAAAUCACCCAACUAUUAAACUUGACUACGUUGACUCUUGAUUAUAACAACAUAAGUGUUUUACCGCCUGAAAUUGGUAAUUUGAAAAAUCUCAUAAAUCUAAACAUUAGCUACAACCCGCUAAAGGAACUGGCCCCAGAGAUUGGUGAAUUGGAAAGCUUGGAAGCAUUUUGGUGUAACCGGACGGGGCUGGUGGAAAUACCAAAAGAGAUCGGUAAAUUAACGAAAUUAGACACAUUCGGUGCUCGGGGUAAUGAAUUAAAAUGUAUACCGGAAGAGAUGACGAGGUUAACAAAAUUGAGAUGGCUCACCCUUGAGUUUAAUGAAAUAGAAAGUCUGCCUCCAAACAUGGAUCGUAUGGACAGCCUCGUCCACUGCAACUUUAAGCACAACAGGAUAAAGGAGUUCCCGAAUUCUUUGCUCAAAUGCAAUAACCUCAUGUAUUUACAGCUUAGUUACAAUCAGAUUACCAACCUGCCCCCGGACUUCAUCGCAAGCCUGCUGCCCGUGCUGGAGACUGUUGACCUCAGAUACAAUCCGAUAUCAAACGUGACCAGUAAUGACAGUGGCCAAAUCCGGUACUCAGAAGACCAGCUCCGUAGUGACAAUGCGGAUCUGGGCACUCCUUCGUCCAGUCGACACGCGACGCAGGCGCUCGCUAUGAACGCAACGGCCCUGCGGUUGCCUGCCGUGCCGGCUCCCAGACACCCAGACCCUAUCAUAGAUGAAAUGGAUCUCGAUGCGUCGUCGAUUGAGUCGUCCGAGGACUGGGAGAACAGCGUGGACAGCUCCGACCUGGACGUUCAGUACCAGAACGAAGACGAUCGAGCCGUCAAUGAGUUUGGUCAAUUCUUACAGGCUAUCGGUAUGGUGUUGCCAGAACUAUCACGUUACGCGUCAACAGCGAGCUAAAUUAUUGUAACGGGCAACUCACAACAAUUCAAGUUCACACUGAGAACAUUGGACAUCUUAAAUUUGGGUCAAAAUAUGAAAUACCUGAAACAAUAAAUUCAUGUUUAGAAGGAAAUAGUCUUCCAGGUGAAUAAAAUUCAAACAAGCCAAAAACCUCGAAUCCAGGUCGUAUUUAUGAAAUCUUUCUUAUGAAUGUUUUAAAAUGAUAUUAUUUUUAGUUUAUUUUAAUGAAACCAAAGUAUGUGAAAAUCAGUGUGAUAUAUAUAUAUACUUAUAUUUAAAAUUAUUUUUAAUGUAUUCAUAAAUACCUAAAGGUGAGUAUGUACUG